AUCAUCAUUUCACCAACAUGCUAUACAUAACAAGGCAGAGUCUUCAGCCCACGUCUGUUCUCACAGGAAGUGAUUUUGCAGAGCAAGGACACCGUGUCCGAUCAGUAGUCGUUUCCUCUACAGUUUCCUCUUUAGGUUUUUUCUGGUCUGUGUGAAACUGCUGAGUCAUGGGGCGGUCGCUGUUCCGAAGACUGCGAAAAACGUAGGUGCUCAAAAGAUCAAACCUCACCGAAGAACGCAGAUCCAUCUGAAGUCAAAUCUGAACAUUAGAGCAAACAGUUCACCAGUUAGCAUCCUGCUAACUGCAGGCCUAUUAAACAGCUCACCAGUUAGCAUCCUGCUAACUGCAGGCCUAAUAAACAGCUCACCAGUUAGCACCAUACUAACUGCAGGUUGAAUAAACAGCUCACCAGUUAGCAUCAUGCUAACUGCAGGCCUAAUAAACAACUCACCAAUUAGCAUGAUGUUAUCUGCAGGCCUAAUAAAGCUUCCAUUACUUGUUAGCUACAUUAGCCUUGUAGCUCCAGGGCUAAAUUUACAGAAGCAACUUCAGACACUGAACAUCUCGUCUGAUGGACCACAGUUUGGGGGAAUCUGAUUCGCUUUAAGUCAGGAUGUCAGGCUUGAAGGUCGCUUUGUGGAUCUGUUAGUAGACAUUCCUCCUUUCAGCUCCAACAAAGGGCACUCAAUCUCCAGCGCAGUGUUUCUGCAUUCCCAGCCUCGUUCCUCAUUCUUGGAAGCUGUAUCUUCAGCUGUUCUCACCUUCAGGCAUUCCUGUUCUGACUAGCGAAGAGGAGCAUGCAGAGGAGAACGAAUGCCGUCAUGAUUCUCUGGGGAAAUGUGCUAGUUAGCUGUAUUUAGCGCACACUGAGCUGCGGGUGUUGACCUCUGAAAUGUCUACAUUAGCUUGUUGGCUAACAGCAGUUGCACACAGUUCACCCCUCCAUCACCAACCCCUCCACAUAUCCACACCUUAUUACCGCAGGUCAGUGUGGGGUGCUGCAGGGCUGCCGGGCUGUGGUGCUGUGGGGCUGCUGUGCUGCUGUCCUGCUGUCCUACAGUGCUGCUGUGCUGCGGCACUGCGGUGAGCUAAGAUACAAAUGUGUUCAUGUUUGUUUUGAUACUGUUUGUGGUAGCGGGCUAGCCAUCCUGCUAAAUACACUGAAAUGGUCCGGCUUUAGCCCAUUUCUGCCUUCAUUACCCAGCAUUCCUUAGUGAGGGGUUACUGCUCUUCUCGGAGUUUCAGCUCUGAUGAAAAACCCAUAGAAACCAUUAAGUGUUUCUGUUAGCUCCAGAUGGUUUGAGCUUUUUAAUGUGUUGAUGUCACAGUCUAAAGGACCCUAAUGGUCUAACAGGAGACCAGUGGCUGAUUCUAAAUGACUCCAAUGGUUUGCUAAAGGGAUCUGAAGAUGCUCUACAGGAAACGUGUGGUCUCUAUUCUAUUCACAUUAGAAAGCAAAACCAUUUGGUUUCAAUGCUGAUAUUUUCUAAUGGUUUUCCAGAAAAAGACCCACAAACUCGAACGCGAGCUCUCGGCUCGGCCUGUGAUCUUGCUGAUGGUGCACUCGGCUCACAGCAGGCAGCAGAUCUCACACCCAGGUGUUUGCUCUGGAGGCAGACGGCUGGAGCAUGCUCAGUCUGCCUCUCUCUGAGGAAACGUCUCGCCUCUGAGUCCAGACGUGCUUUGAUUCGCACGGACAGACCCAGCGCGGUAUCUGAGACAGGCACUGUGGGAGUGAACUCACAGCAGUGUUUGUGUUAAAUGUAUCGGACAGGCACAACUUUCCCCAGUUCUGACAGAUGCAGUUUAGUGAUGAUGGUGGUCCACCCCAGCGCUCAUGGCAUAAUGGACAGUUCCCAUCCCCACCUGGUUCUCACUCGGCUCAGCGAACAGCGCUCGUGUGGCCUGUUCUGCGACGUCACCAUUGUUGUGGAGGACAUAAAAUUCCACGCUCACCGGAACGUCCUGGCUGCCACUAGCGGAUAUUUCCGCAAUGCUUUCACAGCCUCAGAGACCUGUGUGUCCAGCCAGGUGGUGGAGCUUCCAGAUCUGAAGUCUGACGUGUUUGCUAGCAUUCUCAACUUCAUUUACUCUUCCAAGGUGGAAUCAGCCAGCACGGAGGACAACAAGUCUCUAGUGGCUGCUGGUAAAAGGUUAGGAAUCCCAUUUCUAGAGAAAUUACAAGAGAUUGGAAAACAGGAGCCUGAAGUGUUCCAGACCUCUGCUAACUCAGAAAGCUCUGCCAAUCAGCCAAAACUUUCUGGACCGUGCACUCUGAAAAAGGAGACACCACGGCUUGAGGAGCAGGACUGCUCCAAAGGCCCACGAAUAACUAACGCUUUCUCCAUCACAGAGGUGACCUCGGCCAACCAGUUUACCCCAGUGGACUUGCACAGCAGUGGCCCCCAGUUACAAGAUGUGGGGCACCAACCGUCUGGCUGCCCAGCACCAAGCAUGCCUGCUUUAGAAAGCGACCCCCUGUCUGAACCUACCCAUGCCCUGUCUGAACAUUCAUAUGCUGUGAGCAAAGGUCAUGAGACUUCUGACCUUAAAGAGGGACAGCAGUUAUGUGAUAAAGGGGGCACAAAGCCUGUAUUGAUACCAUCUAAGACCCCAAGCAACCACAGGCUUGGUCCCAUUAAGAAGCGUCACAAACUUUGCAAGGGGAUGAUGGCCUCCAUUUCUAAUGAAACAAGUGCACCUGAUCAGAAUCCCGUUAGCAGCCCAGGGACACAAAACACCAACCCUGAUCCCUUAUCCCCACUGCCAUCUUCAGACUCUGCAACUGACCAUUGCUCUGCCCCAAACUUGUUGCCUCCACCUGAAGUUACAUUCCCACAGGAUGCUGACCCCCCUUCCUUAAUUCCUGAAGAAAUUCCAGCUCACCGCUGCCAGCAAUGUCCUGAAACUUUCAGCAACGCUGCACUUCUCAACAUCCACAUGCAAAUCCACAAGAGAAGAUUUGUCAGUCAUUUGUUUUGCAAGUACUGCCAAAAAAAGUUUAUGCACUUAAAAAGGUUGCGAAAUCACGAACAAGUGUGUUUGAAAGGCCCACCUGAACUGUUGCUGAACAGCAAAGAGGCUCCAAUUGGUCUAGAUUCAGAUAAUACUCCUGGUGUGGAUGAUACUGCUUUCCAGAUUCCUGAUCUUCGUGACCCUCCAAUGCUGACAAGCCCGUUGGAGACGCCUCAGAAUGCAAUUACAAAGCCAGGCAGUGGUCAGCGGGUAUAUAAAUGCUCUGUUUGCAAAAGAGCCUAUGUGACUCUGUCCAGCCUAAAAAGACAUGAAAAUGUGCAUUCAUGGCAGAGAGCCUAUCCUUGCCACUACUGCAAUAAGGUUUUCGCCUUGGCAGAGUACCGUACCAAACAUGAGAUCUGGCACACAGGGGAGCGGCGCUAUCAGUGCAUUUUUUGUUUGGAGACCUUCAUGACUUAUUACAUCCUCAAAAACCACCAGAAGUCCUUCCAUGGCAUUGAUCCACGUCUGGCUGCAAAUAAAAAAUCUGCAAACGGUGGUUUCAAGGGAAGUGUCUACCCUAUAAAGCUCUAUAGACUUUUACCAAUGAAGUUCAGGAAGAAAAGAUACAAGUCUUACAGUCAGACUUACUCCGACAUCAUGGACAACCACGAGCAGUCCUUCACUGCUCCGGUAGACACCAACUCACCAACUGCUCCAGUUGAAGGUCCAGUGCCUGCAGGUGAUCUGGACAGCGUCGUUAGUCAUCAGUCAUUAUUUUCAAUGCCUGUGACCUUCAUGGUGACCCCAAAGAUGGUGGCUUCAGAAAUGCCUCGCAUUACUUUUGACCAACCACGUGACCAAAAUAUAGAUCUGCCCUUAACUUAUGACAACAUGCCUUGUACACAAGGUGGGGGCUUGCACUCUACUGAUACACAUAGAAAAACUGGGCUGCCAAGCUUUGAAGGUACUGGGUCACCUGUUUUCAGCUAUGGGUACGGCGCUUCUGUGACAUCACAGGAAAAUACGGGGUCCUCCAUGUUAAUGCAUGGAAAUAACACAUCUUCCACACAAAACAGCAGCAAUACAAACAGAGACGCUAUGCCGUUCCUCAACAUUCCGCCUGUCUGCUCAUUUGAGGGCUUGAGUAAACUCAGCGAGUUAUCAGCUGCAGCACAAACCAUCGAGGCAAUGGCUAACCAGCUUCUUCAGCCACGGCCAGAGAGGACACAGAACCUGAGCCCUGGUGGAAAGACAGAAACGUACAUCGCCAAGCCUGCUUGUCCUGGUCCAUCAUUUAAUAACCAAGUUUUGCCCUUGUGCCAGAUAACUGUCAAAAUAGGCAACGAGGCUAUUAUUCGACGCAAAAUUAAGGGCUCAAAGCUGUUUCCAAAGAAGAAAAAGAGGAGAUGCUGGAAGCAAGUGGAAGAUCAAAGCAGCCCAGCAGAAGAUGGUAUAGGUUGCCCAAGCCUGCGUCUACGAGCAGAGGUUAGGACGUCGGUCAUGGAUAAUGAGCCAUGUGAUGAUGUGAACGACCCUGAAAAUGACAAGCCGUGGCGUCCAUAUUACACAUAUAAACCAAAAAAGAAAGGCAAAAAGUUGAAAUCCAGACAGAAAAGGAUGAAGGCAGUUCAGUACUACACAAAGCCCCUCUCGCCUGAACCAGAUGAUGACUUCGCAGAUGUGGACAGCCUUCCAGAGAAACAUCCCCCCGCAGAAAACCCAGAGUCCAAGAGGCAGUUGAGGAGUCACAUCCCGAGGGAAGUGUUCCCCUGCAACAGCUGUGGCAGUUCCUUUUCCUCUCCGAGCUCUCUCAGCAUGCACAUGGUCAGCUGCCAUCAGCCUCGCUGCAAGACGUGUGGUAAACAGUGUCCCUUUGAGGAGCUUCCUAACACAGAUGCCUCACUCACAGGGAGCGGUGGUGACUUUGUCUGCCAGCGCUGCACCGAGGACGGUUCCUGCUUUAGCUCAGACAUAGCGGCCCACAGCCUGUGCAGUGAGAAACGCUACCGCUGCUCCUACUGCCCACAAAGGUUUCUGUACCUUGCCACCAAGAAGAGCCACGAGGCAAAACAUCUAGAGAAGUCCAGCAAAGGGCGCAACUACCGGUACAGCUCAAAGCCCUGCAAGCCUGCAGCACUGCUGAACAUGAAUGAGACCAAGCUCUGCAGUCAGGCUGCAGUAUUUAGAGAGCCAGAUAGCACUGAGAUUAAAGGCAAUGCAAAGUCAUAUUCCCCUCUUUCAGAAAGCAAAGAGAUGCCCAAGCCUGAGUCAUGGGGAAGCCCUCAAACUCCAAAAACAAUGGAAGCAUCAGACUCCGAUGCCGAGGGGAUUUAUCAGAAACCCCCCCACGUUCAUAAGAAGACAUCCCUGUCAUUUCCUUAUAAAAGUGACAGGCCUUUUUCACCCCUCCUCACAGAGAUGCACAGGAGAAAGUCUAAGAAAAAGCACUUUCUGGAGCGUUCUAAAGACUUUGGCCUGGACAGGCACAGACAGGACUCUGAGACACAGGGCCAAAAGGGCCGUCUGCCCAGCACUGCAACAAACAACCAUCUCAGCACUUCCAGAAUCUUUCCGGCGUGUCUGACGAGAGUGCCUGUCACCAAGGGUGCCUCUCUGCACUCACCCAAGUCAGAGUGGCGUUUGUGCAAAGAGGAACCUUUCUUUCACGCCCACGACUAAUUGUACAGGAAGGAAACGCGUCGUCUGUUGAUGUCACGUAGUAAACUGAAAUGACGUUAAUGAGAAUAACUGCCUCGCAAUAUUAAUCUCACACUUUUGAAGUGUAAAACGAAAGUGUUGUUAUUGUCACUUUACAACUGAGCACUUGUAAGACAGCCGUGUAAAUAUAGAGUAUUUUUGUUCAUUCACACAAAAGAAUUGCUGUUGGUAGUUUUUCAUGUUUUUUCUAUGAGAAGAGAAAUUAUUUUAUUUUUGUA